AUGCAAACAGAUAUUGCUGGGCAAGCUUACUUUGAGGCCGAGUGGCCAGCACUAGUGCAGUUGUAUUUUUGUACCAGUCUUGCGCCUGAUACGUUCGCUCUCGCAUAUACAAACGAACAGGGGCCAGAGUACGGAGAAGAAUGGAUUUAUUUUUACGAUGACAAUGGAAACACACAUAUGAUGAAUUUCUCUAUUCUACCACAAGAAACGCGGGGAAUAAUUUUCGGAGAUGCUUAUUAUUAUUUAUAUACAAGACGUAACACGGAAGCGGAGCAGUUAAACGUUUCCAAUAGCGAUGGAAAAUUUACAAGCAAAUACUUUAACUCAUCUAACGAAAUAAAAGUUGUAACACAUGGAUGGAUGUCGGCAGAAAAUGUAGAUUGGCUUCAGAGAAUCAAAGAUGAUUUUUUAAUCAAAUCCGAUUUCAAUGUCAUUACCAUAGAUUGGAGCGAAUUGUCUAAAAAUCCAAUAUAUCCGUGGUCUGCGUUUAGUACUAGAUAUGUUGGUAAAAAAACCGCUAAACUAUUAGAUGCUAUUGCAAGAACUUAUGGCAUAGAUGGCAAGUCCAUGCAUUUGAUAGGUCAUAGUUUAGGUUCUCAUGUUAUGGGGUAUACGGGUUUAUUUUCAAACCAAAGGAUAAAUAGAAUCACUGGUCUGGAUCCUGCUCGACCUCUCUUUGAACUUCCAUUAAUGCCACCAAAUUGUCGUCUAGAUAAAAGUGACGCAGAAUUUGUAGACAUUAUUCAUACCUGUGCUGGAAUUUAUGGGUAUGCAAGAAGCCACGGGCAUGCUGAUUUCUAUGCAAACAGUGGACGGCCAAAACAGCCUGGUUGUGAAGGGAUACAAUCGGUUAUAGAGGGUUGCAGCCACGGGCGCUCAAAUCUGUACUUCGGGGAAUCGAUAGACUCAAAAAUUCCUUUUACUUCUUAUCCAUGUGAAAGUUGGGACAAGUUUGAGAAUGGCGAAUGCAAAGAAAACCCUGCAAAUAUGGGAUACCCUGUUCCAACAGAUAUUCAAGGAGACUAUUAUCUUCAUACAAAUAGUGAACCAGAAUUUGCAAGAGGUGAUGAGUUCUAGUAGAUUGAUUUUAAAAUAAAUAUG